AUGCCUGCCGGUCCAAAGACUACCUGGGAAGACCUUUCCAACAUCGGCUGGCCAAUCCAGCAAGUCUACGAUAAAGCAAAUGAAUCCCGUGGCCAUACCAUGCAUGGGUUGAACGAUUUGUUUUUGAAUAAUGGCAUUGCCUCUCAAUAUCAAUGGUGGUGCUACAAUGUCGCCAAGGGCUCUCCUUCUGUCAAGGGCCACAAUACGAACAGUGUCAAUAAGGACGAUACGGUAUGGAGCUACAGUAACUCACAGAACUCCCAACCUUUCAAGACCACUUGGAGUGAAAAGUGGACUGAGUCCACUUCAGCAACGCUCUCGGUUACCAACAGUGCUUCUAUCUCACUCUCACAGUCCAUAGAGAUUCCCGAAGUGGGAGGGUCCGAGUUCUCUAUUUCGGUCUCCACAGAAGAUAAUAAGAGCCAGACCAAAGAGAAUUCCCACGAGCUGAGCAAUACUUGGGACAUAACCGUUGGACCUCACGAGAAGGUCUCCGUCAAACGCACCAUCACCACUACGACUGGCACUGCUGAAUACGGCCAGCAAUACGGAGUAGAAGGCAGCCUCGGCACUAAGGGUGACAAGUAUCAGGACCAUUACUAUUGGGACAGAGAUGUUAAUUCGCUCCUCGGAGCUCCUACCGGAACGAUGACUCUCCAGGGCGUCUACACGACCACGAGUUACAAUUACCAGCUAAUUCGCGAAGGUCAGGAUGGCAAGAAGCAAACCUCGCCUCUGCCUCGCCCGAAGAAUUAA